UUCUGUUGUGCAUUUUGGAAAUAAACACCGGACAGGAAACUAUUGUUUACAAAUAAUUUGCAACAAACAUGGCUAUGGCUAGCGUCUCAUCGGCACGAGAAUCAUUACAACAUGCUCUGACGAAUCGCUUUUUGCCGAAUUUAGAGUAUUUAUUGCAAGGUUCCAUAUUAGACUCCGCCGUUGAGCAUCUGAUGCACAGAUUAAAGGGCCUCUGUGAUAAUGUAGACACUUCACCGGAACCAUUUCACGACUUGGAGGUAUGCAUGAGUCUACGUCAGCCAAAUUCUAAUCAGCCACUAUUGCUUCGCGUCCGUCGGGCCAUGGAUCGAGAUGCUCCUAUGCAAAUGCGCUAUUUGGGCCAACCAGAGGUGGACCAGCGUCGACCCACUCUGGUGCGCAGCUGCAUGGAUUGUGCAUGUACCAAUGGUAUUUUGGACUUUCUUACCGAAAUGGGUUUUCGACUGGAAUUUGAAUAUCUCGCCAAGGGUUAUAUGUUUCGUAAGGGACGCAUGAAAAUUACUGUAUCCAAGUUAAUUAAAAUUGUCCACGGGAAACAACAGGAUAUGGCCAAUGAGCCAAUCUCUCAGAGUUAUAUAGUCGAGCUAUCGGUUGUGGCGCCCACAGGGCAAGAGAAUGUGGGCGAGGAAAUGCGUGUCUUUGCGGAACAGUUGAAACCGCUGGUGCAGCUGGAGAAGAUUGACUACAAAAGACUAGGACCAAUGCCGUAGUAAAAGAAAUAAUAGAGAAUAUAUCACAACUAAAUUUAA